AUGUGAGACGGAAUGGAAAAAUUCAACAGACCAAAUCCGGGAUUUUGGUUAUUUACGCGGGGUUACACUCUUUCUACAAAGUCGCGCUCCUUUACGCAACUAGAGAGCUCUUUGGGAUUUUGGAGGGUGGAGGUCAGUAGAUCUUUGCAGCACCAAACAUGACUGAGGAGAACAAGCCAUUGUCACAGCAGGCAUGCAGUCCAGCGGGAACCGACGGGUCUGCGUCCCAGCAUGGAUCGGAUUCAGAGUCUCCGGCCUCUCCGGUAAGGCCCGAAGCGCAGGAGGCAGCGCGCCCGCCCGGGAUUACGCCCAAACUGGAGGGCUGCUCGGAAGACGAGCGGUUCCCCACCUGCAUUCGCGACGCUGUGUCGCAGGUGCUAAAAGGUUACGACUGGUCGCUGUUGCCUGUGCCCAGUCUGGGGGAGAGGGGGCUGAAGAGUAAACCUCACGUGAAACGGCCUAUGAACGCGUUCAUGGUUUGGGCGCAGGCAGCGCGGAGGAAGCUGGCGGACCAGUAUCCACAUCUGCACAACGCUGAGCUCAGCAAGACGCUGGGCAAGCUGUGGCGACUUCUCUCUGAAACAGAGAAACGUCCCUUUGUUGAGGAGGCCGAGAGGCUGAGGCUGCAGCACAAAAAAGACUACCCAGACUAUAAGUACCAGCCUCGGAGACGCAAGAGCAAUAAACCGGACCAGAGCGACUGCAGACCUGCGCUGGUCCAACAGCAACAGCAGAAGCAGGGCUUAUAUAAAAUGGACCCGGGUGUGGCCAGGCUGGCUGGCACAGGGGAAGUGGACCAGCAUUACCAUUCAGACAGAACAGGUCAGUCUCACGGGCCUCCAACACCUCCCACCACCCCUAAAACAGACCUGCACAUGGGACCCAAACACGAGAGCCGUCAGUCUGUGGACACAAUGAGCUCCAGCGCUGCUCCUCCUCCCAACCGUCAGAACAUUGACUUCAGUAACGUAGACAUCUCUGAGCUCAGCACUGACGUCAUCGGCACCAUCGACGCCUUCGACGUUCACGAGCUCGACCAGUACCUGCCUCCAAACAGCCACGGUGCCACUGUUCUAACCCCGCCAGACACCAGCAACCCCUCCGGUACUUUCAUCCCACCCAGCACCGACUGUCACACUCCCAACAUCCAAAAUUGGACGUCCAAAAUGUCUGGUGGGACUUCCGCUGGAAUGCCGCUACCCUCUUCCAAUUGUGAGACCGACGGGCUGCAUGAGGAUGGCGGCCAAAAACCUCAGAUUAAAACUGAGCGGAUGAGCCCGGGUCACUACAACUCCUCAACUCCUCCACCACCAUUACACCAACCUGAGUAUACAUCCCUGGGUUCGGGCGUCUGCCCUUCCUCCACCCCUACCACCUCCUCGUCUGCCAACCAGUCAGACUACACCGACCUUCAAAAUUCCAGCUUCUACAGCGCUUUCUCUGGUUACCCUGCCAGCUUGUAUCAGUACCCAUACUUUCAUUCCUCCCGCAGGUCUUACACCACCCCACUGAUCAACAGCCUGGCCUUGGCACCACCUACUCAUAGUCCUCCCUCUGGCUGGGAGCAGCCCAUCUAUACGACCCUCACCAGGCCUUGAAGAAGACAAAAAUAUAUAGCCAUAUAGACUGACUUCUAACAGACCAAAAUUUUUGAACAUUGAUGAUCAUUGCCGGCCGUAACUCAUACAGUGUGUCAUAUAUUGCUGCAUUUGUUGAUUUUCAGGCAAAAAAAGCGUUUUUGUCCACUUUGAGUACAAACACCUGCAGAGUGACAUUUAAACCCGCCCUGGACACCAAAGUGUUCCACUGAAAUGCCACACUAAUGAAAUUUCAGCAUGAAAGUAGCACCUAUUUCAGACAGGGCGUUUAUAACACUUUUCCACACUAAAACCGCCUAACUUAAAUAGUUUCCUAAUUUUUAUACACUUUUAUUAAAGUCAUUUGGAAAGUGACGCGUUUCCAAAGGGCUUCUUAUUCCUUCACCAGUAAGAAUGUGAUUUACAUCGACAUGACCAGGAGAUUGUAACUUUUCUUAAUUAGAUUAAAAACGGGAGACCUGCAAGCCUUAAAGGCCCAUGCCUGCUUAACUGUUUGGUAUAGCAUGUGUUGCAGUUCGUGGUUAUGAUUAUAGUUGGACAAAAUAAAAGAUGUUUUGCCGAAUUUGUAGUUUACGUAAAAGGAAGUUGUACCUGUGAGUUUUGAAGCCCCUCUUGGUCCUAUCAGUUGUUCUCUGCAGACCCGGUCCCUCCUGCUGCUUCAUUUCCACUGUGACAGCUGCUCCUGCUGAGUUUCCUGUGAGGAGAUUAGUUAAUUUCACAGUCCAAGCUGCGGCUGUCCUUUCCGUCAGCCACAAGGUUUGAUAGGCAGGACAGCUGCGUGAGGUUUUCACAGAGGCACCGCACAAGAAACACACAAAUUAUUAAAGAAGAAAGAAAUGUGGGUAAAAACAAGUCCUACACUCAAUGGAUGUGUAGACAUGCUAUAUUGACAAU